GUACAUUUUGUACUGUACAGGCUGCGGAAAGGAGUUGUACUCGGUUCCCGCCCGCUUGUUUUUUUCUUUUUUUACAUUUUAUAUUGCAUUUCAUAUUUUAAAACAAAACUGCGACAGAAAGGGAAGACUGGAAUAUUUUCAAACAUUUUUUUAUUAGAAAGAGAAAGCGCUCCGUCGCUACCCAGGUUUGUGAAUGCCAGCGAUAGCAUUCUUCUUGCUGUUGUGGUGAAUAUUUCUACCAGGAGCAGGCAUUGACAGGACACAAAAAUCGUGAACUCUUAUCUUCCAGGAAGAAAAAAAAAUGGAAAACGCGGCUGUCGUCUCUUUGCAGUGAAAACGAGCGCGACCGAGUCGUCCUGCUGCACUGCAUAGAACUGUCGCUUAUCGUCGAGAUCGCAGGAACAGAGCCCGUGUUCUUUGAGAGAAUUCCACGAAAAAUGGAUUCCGCUAAAGCCAGUGGUGUAAUAGCUUAUAUCAGCUCUUCAAGCUCUGCGUCGAGCCCCGAGUCCUGCCACAGUGACAGCUCUAACAGCAGUUACCACUCCCUGCCCCCGUCUCCCAGCAGAAGAGCGAGUGCAGUGGGAGAAAACCGAGGAAAUCACAGCCAUGGCCGCUCCCAUUCCACAGCUAAGAUUGGCCACUCCACAGCCAGCAAGUGUGGCAUUACCAAAAUUAAUGGAAUGGUGCUUCUAUGUAAAGUAUGUGGAGAUGUGGCAUCUGGAUUUCACUACGGUGUCCAUGCCUGUGAAGGCUGUAAGGGUUUUUUUAGAAGAAGCAUUCAACAAAACAUUCAGUACAAAAAGUGCCUUAAAAAUGAAAACUGCCCAAUAAUGAGGAUAAACAGAAACCGCUGUCAGCAGUGUCGUUUUAAAAAAUGUUUAUUGGUUGGAAUGUCUAGAGAUGCUGUUCGCUUUGGACGUAUCCCAAAACGAGAAAAACAAAGAAUGUUACUAGAAAUGCAGAGUGCCAUGAACAAUAUGAUGAAUAAUAAUCAGCUAAAUAGACAGACUCUACCAGGAGAAUCAUCUCCUGAAGGUUCAGCAGAUUUUAGAUCUUCAUCCUCCUCAGCGUCCAGCUCUUCUUCACCUGCACCCCCACAGGAGUAUCAGGUAGAGACGGAGACUUUGGAUUCCAGUCUGGAGAAGAUGGAGACAACUGAAAGCCCAUUUGGGUCUGAUAAUAGUGAGGAUGAAGUUAUAGGCACCGUCACAAGAGCUCAUAAAGAGACUUUUAUGUAUAACCAGGAACAGCUGAGCAAUACAGAUGAAGACCUUCAAUCGCAGCAUGCAAACCAGGAUCUUGGUAAGAGCACAGAAGGGGAAAUAAGAUCUCCACACAAUAGGAACAGCUACAGUGGCUGCCAGUAUUCAGUCCAGCAGACAUUGUACAUGCCAAGUGACACUUCAGCUUUCUGCCCCAGUUACAACAACAACAGGCUGUCGAAUGGCCACUGCCCAAACUAUUCAAAUGGGUUUUCACACAAAGGCUUAAACUGUGCAGAUGCCGAGGUGUUAAAUAACAGAAGCGUCAGUGGCCCAGGGUGGAGAGGAGGAAACAGAAUGCAUUUGGUGUGUCCAAUGAGCUUGACUCCAUAUGUUGACCCCUGUAAAUCUGGACAUGGCAUUUGGGAGGAAUUCUCGAUGAGUUUUACUCCAGCAGUAAGAGAGGUCGUGGAGUUUGCAAAGCGCAUUCCUGGCUUCAGAGAUCUCUCCCAGCACGACCAAGUCAGCCUUUUGAAAGCUGGCACUUUUGAGGUUUUAAUGGUUCGCUUUGCAUCCUUGUUUGAUGCUAAGGAACGUACUGUCACUUUCCUGAGUGGAAAAAAGUACAGUGUGGACACUCUGCGAUCAAUGGGAGCAGGAGACUUGCUGAAUUCAAUGUUUGAGUUCAGUGAGAAGUUAAUUGCUCUGCAGCUUAGCGAAGAGGAGAUGAGUCUGUUUACGGCAGUCGUACUCGUUUCAGCUGAUCGCUCAGGAAUAGAAAAUGUGAACUCCGUGGAGGCGUUACAAGAAACUCUGAUCAGAGCGCUGAGGAGCCUAAUUAUGAAGAAUCACCCCAAUGAAACUUCCAUUUUUACCAAACUUCUUCUGAAGUUGCCUGACCUUCGCUCGCUCAACAACUUGCACUCAGAGGAACUGUUAGCCUUUAAAGUUCACCCCUAGACCUCAUCUUUUUGUUUUUUGUAACUCAGUGGACUCUUCUUUUAGUUAAUUAUCUUGGUUGUAUAUACAGUAUGUGCAUUUUUUUUACCUUUUCUUUCACAUCCUUUGGAUACGUGAAUGUAGAAUUUUAAAGAGACAAAACCUUUAAAAAUGAGAAUCUUUGUACUGUAUGGCUAUUAGCCUGUAGCAAAAAAACAAAGAGACACAUGACUCUGACGUGCGAACGGUUGCUAGUACACAUUUUCUGAAGCACCUUUUUGUUAAGAAGACAAAAUCUAUAAUGUGAGUGCAAUAUAAGACUUGUUUUUGUCCUUGUUCUGUCUAUUUUUUCUAACUUGAAAGUGAUUUAUAUGAUUCCCACAGUGGGGGAUGAAGAGACUGUAUGAUAUGCUAUUCAAGUUUCUAUGUUUAAGCGUAGGCCGAGAUGAUUAUCGACAGAAAGUCAGCUGUGCCUCUGUGAACCUCUGACGGUGCCUGGCAGGUAACUUGGGUUACAUUACAAAAA